UAGAUUUACUCAAAUACCUGACUUUGUAACCUAUGCAUGUAGCCUUCCACUAGGAUCCUCUAUAUAUAUCCUCCACCGGACCACCAAACAACAUGUUUGUUCACUAAACACUAUUAAAUUGAACCUGGUUAGAGAGAGAGAGAGAGAGACAGAGACAGAGAGAUCUGAGGAGAGGAAGAGAAGAAGGAGGAGGAAAAGAAUAUGGGUUCUAUAUCUGGUGAUACACAACCACACCAUGUGGUUCUCUUUCCAUUUAUGUCCAAAGGCCACACCAUCCCACUCCUCCACCUUGCACGCUUACUCCUCCAGCGCCGCCUCACAGUCACCAUUUUCACCACCCCAGCCAAUCGUACUUUCAUCUCUGAGUCCCUCAAUGACGCCGCAGCCUUCAUUCUUGACCUACCAUUCUCUCACGACGUGACUGAUUUACCUGCUGGCAUUGAGAGCACAGACAAACUGCCCUCAAUGUCCAUGUUCCCUUCAUUUGCAAACGCCACAAAGCUCAUGCAGCCCGACUUCGAACGAGCACUCCAGAAUCUUCCACGUGUCAGCUUCAUGGUCUCUGAUGGGUUCCUCUGGUGGACCCUAGAGUCUGCUUCCAAGUUCAACAUCCCAAGGUUUGUAUUCUAUGGUAUGUGCUAUUACUCUUGCUGUGUGUCUAGAGCUGUGGCUAUUGAUAGACUUCUCUCUGGACUCGAAUCAAAUAACGAGUUAAUAACAGUGCCUCCUUUUCCAUGGAUUAAAGUUACUAGAAAUGACUUUGAGCCCCCAAUGUCUGAGGGGGAGCUAAAGGGUCAGAAAUUUGAGUUCACCAUGGAAACAAUCAUAGCAACAUUAUUGAAUAGCUAUGGUAUUAUAUUUAACAGCUUCUAUGAGCUUGAGCCUUUGUUUGAUGAUUAUUGGAACCGUGAGUGUACACCCAAGGCCUGGUCCGUGGGGCCUCUUUGCCUGGCUGAGCCACCAAAGGGUAGAACUGAACCCCACAAUAAACCCAAAUGGGUUCAGUGGCUGGACAAGAAGCUUGACCAAGGGAGCUCAGUUCUGUAUGUAGCUUUUGGGUCUCAGGCAGAGAUUUCACCUGCACAACUCAAAGAAAUAGCAACUGGAUUGGAAGAAUCCAAAGUGAAUUUCUUGUGGGUGAUAAGAAAGUGUGAGUCAGAGAUUUCAGAUGGGUUUGAAGAGAGAGUGAAAGAUAGAGGAAUUGUAGUGAGAGAGUGGGUUGACCAAAGGGAGAUUUUGAUGCAUGAGAGUGUGCAAGGGUUUAUUAGCCACUGUGGAUGGAAUUCUGUGUUGGAGAGCAUAUGUGCUGGGGUUCCAAUCCUUGCAUGGCCUAUGAUGGCAGACCAACCUUUGAAUGCAAGAAUGGUUGUAAAGGAGAUCAAGGUGGGACUGAAGGUUGAGACGUGUGAUGGGUCAGUGAGAGGGUUUGUGAAGUGGGAGGGGUUAGAGAAAAUGGUGAAGGAGUUAAUGGAGGGAGAGAAGGGGAAGGAGGUGAGGAAGAAGAGUAAGGAACUGGCAGAGAUGGCCAAGAAAGCUAUGGAGGAAGGUGGAUCGUCCAAGUGCACUUUGGACUUGCUCAUUAAUGAGACUUGUGGAAAGAAGACAUAAACAGGUGUCAACGGGGUCUAAUAACUUGAUGCAAGUCUUUUGUUUUGUUUUGUUCUGUUAUUUUUUUUUAUUGAGAUAAUUGUAUGCAGUUUAAACUUAUUUCUCGUUAGACUUAUUGAGAUAAUUGUAUGCAGUUUAAACUUAUUUCU